CGUUCAUCCAGCAAUUGCGUUUGACAGUGUGUGGUUGGUACGUAACGUUGGACGAAAAUUUUGUUGUAUGUAAGAUUGUCAACAAACAUUUGUGAUGUCUUGGACGAAUGAUGUGGUUUUGGAAUUUUUGGAUCACUACCGCAUAGAGCAAGUGUUAUGGGAUCCAAAACACUUAUCGCACAAAAAUCGAAAUGAGGUUAAUGAUGCAUGGCUUCGUAUACAAAACAGUAUGAGCAUAAAGUGUUCGAUUAUGGAUCUUAAAAAGAAAAAAGAAUCUUUAAUGACAGCAUUUAGAUUACACAUUAAGAGAAAAAAGAAAAACCCAAGGUAUCAAACGUGUUGGUUUGCAUUUUCAGCCAUGGAGAAUUUUUUAGGGGAAAAAUAUGAAUACGAUAGUACGAAUCACUCGGAUCACGAGUAUUUUCAAAACACAUCCUACAGUACCCACAUACCACUGCCAGACAUAAACGACCCACAGAACCCUAGCACGCCGACGGAAAGACAAUUUUCAAAUAGAAGACAAAUGAAACCAGCUACAUCCAAAACGCAAACCAGCACAGAUUAUAUGUUUACGAGGAAACAUGAAGAUGGCGUCCAUUACAAUAAAAACGAUUCGGACUGUAAGAAGGACAAUAUGGACGAAUACGAUCUGUACGGCCAGCUGCUAGCGAAGAAACUUAGAAAACUAGACGAGCGUCAAAGAGAUUACGCCAUGCAUGAAAUAGACAAUAUAAUGUUCAAAGCUAAGAUCCAAAGCGAUCCUCUACCAACGAAGAGUUACCCCUCGUCGCCGUCCCCCGUACCAAGAAAGAUAAAAUCACCCGUCUUCAUAAUAACAGCCCAAAGCAACAACGUUCAGUACGAGGAUGAGAAUAUGUCGUAUUCGGAACAACAGCUAUCGUAGUAGACGUAUUUUUUAUAUUAUAUCAUAGGAUUAAUAUCUACCAAGCAUCCGGUGGAAUGAUAGUCAGUCGCUGCAGAGUUUAUAUAAAAAAAAACUAUUGAGUGUUCAUUUGUUUACAAAAUUGUAAAUCUAUAUACACUAUGUACUUAAUAUUUUUUUUAUAUUUAUAUUAACUAUAAGAAAAAAACGUUUUAUAUUUUAUUUAAUAAUUAAAUCAGAUUAUUCAGAGUGGGAAGUGAGUUAUAUUUUUGUUAAAUAAACAAUUAUUAUA